AUACUUAUCGUGAGAAUCAUGGCCUAUCUCCCUGUGGUGAAGACACAUUAACCGUUGCCCGUACUAUGAGAGCCUCUUCACCCCCAGCAUCAGCGGCUGACCUCAUAGAGCAACAGAAUAACCAAAAAAGGAGACCAUUCAGAAGACAGGGACUGAUGAAGCAGAGCAGCUUAGAUGACAGUGUUGGUGAGUUGGAUCUUACUGCUGCAGCUGAUGAAGAUGAACAACCUCCCACUGAUAUGGACGAACCACCAGACUUGCCUCAGCCGCCCUCACCAAGACCUGGAACACCCAUUAAUAACCACAGCACCAAUAAAGGAUUACCUUGGACUCCAAAAGUACGACAAAAGGACAUAGACUCAUUUUUAGAUUCGACACGUGUGAAGUUUGUUGGUUUUCAGCUACAGGGGGAUAGGACUUCCCUAGCUGGUCUUCCACAACCAAUCCAUGAAGGGGUUAAAGUUCUUUCCAAGCAUGUAUAUGUAUCACUGUCUGAAGUACAAAUUAGACAAGAGGAAGAGAUCACAAGGAACCCAAUGUCUCGACCUGAAACAGACAUUCCACAAACACCUGCUGAAAUACUAUAUCAAGCAAUGCUGCCAACCCUUCCACAGUGCAUGAUAGCUUUGUUGAAGAUUUUGCUAGCUGCAGCACCAACUUCAAAAGCCAAAACAGACUCAAUAAAUAUCAUGGCUGAUGUAUUGCCAGAGGAAAUGCCAAUGACAGUUGUUCAAAGUAUGAAGCUUGGUGUGGAUGUAAAUAGGCAUAAGGAAGUGUUGGUGAAGGCAGUGUCUGCAACACUACUGCUGCUCCUGAAGCACUUCAGGAUAAAUCACACGUAUCAGUUUGAAUUCAUGUCACAACACCUUGUCUUUGCCAACUGCAUCCCACUCAUCUUAAAGUUCUUCAACCAAAAUAUUAUGGCUUAUGUGCAGGCCAAGAAUACGAUAGCACUCCUGGACUUCCCAGCCUGUGUAAUAGGAGACCCCCCAGAAAUGACAGCUGAGGCCCUGGAGGCAGGAACAGGUAGCCCGAGAGGGGGAAGCUUAAGCCCAGGUGGCAGUGGAGGAAGCCCCAGUGGGGGUGAGGGCAACAUGCAGGUAGUGUCUGGGACAUGCUGCUGGAGAAACAUGUUUUCCUGUAUCAACUUGCUGAGAAUCCUCAACAAGCUGUGCAAGUGGAAGCACUCUAGAAUAAUGAUGCUUGUUGUCUUUAAAUCAGCACCAAUACUGAAACGCACCCUCAAGGUGAAACAUGCUAUGAUGCAGUUGUAUGUAUUAAAACUAUUAAAGAUGCAGACAAAAUAUCUGGGUCGACAGUGGCGUAAAACCAACAUGAAGACCAUGAGUGCCAUCUAUCAAAAGGUGAGACAUAGAUUGAAUGAUGACUGGGCUUAUGGCAAUGAUCCUGAUGCAAGACCAUGGGAUUUCCAAGCAGAAGAAUGUGCUCUAAGAGCAUGUGUUGAUAGAUUCAAUUCACGAAGAUAUAAUAAUACAGUACAAGAUCCAGAUUUUGAACCACUAGACAAUUGUGUUACUAGUGUACUUGGUCGCCCAGUAGAACUAACUGAGGAAUUCAAGAGGCAUUAUGAAGUCUGGCUACAGCAAGAAGUAUUUUCAGCUUCUAUAGAUUGGGACCAGCUACUAGCACCCAGCAACUAAGAACAAAACUAUAUUUUAUGAUAAUAUGAAAAAGAACACACAAUAUUAACUCCCAGGUACAUACUUGUAUUGAGUCUAUUCAUUGAAUGUGGAUCAAAGAUAGAUCAUAACAGUGUAAUCUCAAGAUUAUCUGGUGUUCAGUCUAAAGUUAAUUAUGAUAAAAGUCAUUCUGAAUGUCAAACAUUUUUUUUUUAUAUGUAAUUUAGAUGCUUUUGAAGUCUGCAACUAAAAGCUAAGUCAAGAAGUUUGAGAAUUUUCUGAUGCUUACCCUUUUGUACUCCCUGGUACAAACCCAAUUGUAGGAGGUAGUAUAUUAAUCCAUUAUCCUGAAUGGCCAUCUGUUUUGUUCUUAUAGUUAGGAAUCCCUUUUUAAUUCUAGUCGAUGAACAAGCUGCUCAUUUGAGUCUGUGACCAGAACUCCAGUGUUGAUGUUUGAAUGAGCGAUUGUUACCAAUUAUAGGCAUUGGAAAAUUGUAUUAGGACUUAUUUAGCAGUAGAUUUGUAUGGAAAUGUAAAUUUGGCAUCUUUUUAGCUAUAUUCAUUUAUUUUUACUUACACUAAGAGUGGGAGACAAUGUUGGGUACCCUAUAAAAUGCUUUUAUAACCUUUGUUAUAAAGGCAGGGCUCGUAUGUUUCUGUUAAUGGUAAACUAUAUAUUAAGUAUAAUUAAUGUAUUUCAGUUCUGUUUAAUAUUAGAUAAUGAAAUAUUGAACUGAGCUAAUUUUAUUGAAGAAAAUAUGCAGUGUAGAAGCAGCAGAAAUAGUACAGAUGCAUAUUGUUAAAUGUUGACUUAGAAAUAUUCUUAACCCAAUGCUUCUCUGUCGCCAUAAUUUUGAUUCUGAUAUAUGAAAUAAUGAGGCCUUAAUGCUGUUCUUCAGCUGAAGUUUUUGUUAUAGCAUCCAGCCACCAUGGUGCCAAGUCCACAUUAUAGAAGCUUUAUAAACUGUGAUUGGACUUGUAUUAUGGCGGCAUAACAUGUAUUCACAGUAAGAUGGACAUUGUCAACAUGGCAUGCCAUACCUGUCAUCUGGAGGCAAAGGGUUAAGAGAUGCUUUAGUUGCAGAGUGUUGAAAUUUGUUGUUGGAUUCUUGCAAGGCAUUCAUCAUGUUGAAAGUUGACCUUGUUUAAUGAAGUGCUGCCAAGAAAAUGUAGUGUUCAGAAGUGCUCCAGAGCGGCAGUGUGUUAAUUACCAGACCUAAAUUUGACUUUGUUUCAAGAGAUAUUGGAAUGCAUAAUGAAUAUUUUGUCUAAUGUUAAAGUCGUAUGUCUUCUUUAUUCUUAACCUGUAAGUAAAUAAAGAUGUUCUACAAUAA